AUGGCCUCGUUCAAGGACUCUUCUUCCUCGCGGCCGCUGCCUCAAGCCAUUCCGAACCCUCGCCAGUCCAGCAAUGGCCGUACACACUCGCACUCCGUCUCGCUGGGCGCCCUCAACUACAGCCACCGCGUUACUCGACGGAAGAGCAUGACCUCGUCCGCCGCCAACAGCAACAGCGCCGCCGCUGCUGCUGCCGCUGCCGCCGUCAUCAGCGAGUCUGGCGCCAGCACCGGAGCCCCCAUACACACCUCCCACCACCGCCGGGGCCUCAGUCUGCGGCGGGCUGCCGGCCUCGAGUCGACCUCCGCAGGCACGUCGUCCGGGUUCGGGCCCUCCCAUGCUGCUAGGAACGGCAUGGCUGCAGUCGAUCGCAAGCAGGUCCCGGGUUCGUUGAACACCAGUGCCAUCACUGAAGAGCUCUCGACGGGAGCACCCACCGGCGGCAGACCGAUCAGCAUCAAGCACAGAAGCAGGCGGGCUAGUGAGGGCUCGCAUCUCAUGAAGGGGGAGGGCAAGAGGUCGCUCGUCGAGUUGAAGUGUGACCGCUGCGGGAAGGGGUAUAAGCAUAGCAGCUGCUUAACCAAGCAUAUGUGGGAACACGACCCGGCAUGGGCAGUCACAUCAAAGCUCCUCAUAUCAAAACACCAACAGGUCCAGCUGCUCGAAGCCGCCAGCGUCCUCGUCACCCUCAAUGAGCCCGUCUCAGAGGAGCAGGCUGCUCGUGCAGCAGCCAGCGGGAGCGGUGACUCUGACCGUUCGUCAACCUCUCCCACUGUUUCCGGCAUAUCUGAGCUUCGUGACGGCCUCAGCUCGACCGAGACCACGCCGCCCCCUACCGGUGAUGACGGUGCCUUGUCCAAAUCCAACGACCCUUACCGCUACCCCAGCAGCCAUAGCAGCUAUAAUAAUUAUAAUCAUAAUCACUCCUUCUCCCAAUCCCUCCAGUCCAUUCCGUCAGCCUCCUUCGCCAGCGCAAGCAGCGUUCCUUCCUAUUCGCCUGCACGCUCUCACUUCCGCCAUUCCAGUACAGAUACCAGACCGUCUACCGCAGACACUAACGGUGUCCUCGACGACGAUGCCGCCGGUCUCGCUGCUGCAAUCGAACUCUGCAACUUCGGCACUCCAAGAUCAGGACCCAUGGCCAUUCCAGAGGAGGUUCCCCCAGUCCCUCCCUUGCCGGCUCGGUUCCUGGGCCAGAGCGUCGGCAGCACAAUGGCAUUGGCCAACAACCACCCCAAUGGCUUCUUUGGAAACAACGGUACCAUCUCUGGCCCUUCUAACAGCAUGAACUUCUCACACAACAGCGGCAGCAGCGUCUCAGGGGCAACUAUAACCGGAAACCUAGCCGCAUCCACACCAAGCAUCUUUGAUGCCUUGCCCAUGGCCACACACACGCCUAUAUCAUACCGCGUCUCGGACGAGCGAGACGUCAAGAUGGCCGACAUAAAACCUGAUAUCCUUACCCAGCAUUCCAACAUAAGGAACGACAGCACCAGUCCAGCCAACCAUCAGCAGUCAGGCUCUCAAGACGGCGAGUCAGACCGUGGCUCGCCAUCCUCGGUCGUACACAUGGACGACGACGAUGACGGCGUCUUCGGCCACAUGGAAGAGUGA